AUGCCCACAGGAGGUGGCAAAAGCAUGUUAUUUAUGCUGCCAGCAUGGGUGGCUCCCCGGGGUACAACUGUGGUGGUAGUCCCAUUGAUUGCAUUACGAGGGGACUUACAGCAGCGGUGUGCCAAACUAGGCAUUCCAUGUGUGGAGUGGGAAAGCCGGCGGCCCCCAGAUGAAGCAUCCAUUGUGCUUGUUACCCCCGAGUCUGCAAUU